AUGAACGGGUUCGUGCAGCAGGCGCGGUCCAUCGGCGGGGGGAACAUGACGGACGCCGUGAUGAACGGGUUCGCGCCCGACAGCGUGGCCGUGUACCGGGAGCUGGUGGCGCAGUUCGCGGUGUGCGACCGGUGGUUCGCGUCCGUGCCGUCGUCCACCCAGCCCAACCGCCUCUUCGUCCACUCCGGCACCUCCGGCGGCGCCACCAGCAACAACCCAGAGGCAAGGGCAGCUCUUAUCCGAGUGCUUUUCCUCUUCCUUGGUUGGGCAGCAAAGCCAAGCACUCGUUGGGAAAAGAGCUUUAGCCUGACAUUACAGUGUCUAAUAGGACGGUGCGCACGAUCAAUCAUGCAUCCAUGUGAAACUGACGCGACCUGGCAAUACCCUCGCGACAUCUACGCGGUGGCCCGCCUCGCUGAACCGUGGGACCAGAAGGUUGACUGGGCUCACCGUCGGUUGCUGGCCAAGGGGUACCCGCAGAGGACCAUCUUCGACAACGUGCACGACGCGGGCCUCUCCUUCGGCAUCUACUUCCAGGACGUGCCGGCGGUGCUCUUCUACCGCAACCUCCGCAAGCUCAAGUACAUCCUCAACUUCCACCCCUUCCACAACGCGUUCCGUGACCACGCUAGCCGCGGCUCCCUGCCCAACUACGCCGUCAUCGAGCAGCACUACAUGGACUCCAAGGACCACCCUGCCAACGACGAUCACCCUUCGCACGACGUCUACCAGGGCCAGAUGUUCGUCAAGGAGAUCUACGAGACGCUCCGCGCCAGCCCCCAGUGGAACGAGACGCUCAUGGUCCUCACCUACGACGAGCAUGGCGGGUUCUUUGACCAUGUGCCCACCCCUGUCGAUGGUGUGCCGAGCCCCGACGACAUCGUCGGCCCGCCCCCAUACAACUUCACGUUCAACAGGUUGGGAGUGCGUGUCCCGGCCAUCUUGAUCUCUCCAUGGAUUGAGAAGGGAACAGUUAUGCAUGGGCCGAAUGGAAGUCCAACCCCGACGUCACAAUUCGAGCAUUCUUCGAUCCCCGCAACCGUGAAGAAACUGUUCAAUCUGCCACAGGAUUUCCUGACCAAAAGGGACGCAUGGGCUGGGACCUUCGAAGGCGUCGUGCAAACCAGAACUGAACCGAGGACAGAUUGUCCAGAGCAACUCCCGACGCCGACGAGGAUCCGGCAGACGGAGGCGAACGAGGAGGCAAAGCUGAGCUCGUUCCAGCAGGAGAUCGUGCAGCUGGCGGCGGUGCUGAACGGCGACCACCAGCUAAGCAGCCUGCAGGAGAGGAUCAGGGAGAGGAUGAACGUGAGGGAAGGCACCUCCUACAUGAGGAGCGCCGUGCGGCGCUUCUUCGAGGCUGGCAUGUCUGCCAAGAGGAUGGGCCUCGCCGACGACGAGCAGAUCGUCAAGAUGAGGCCCUCCCUUACCACCAGAAUGACCUCCUCCCCUGCAGAUCAAGAUGAUAGUCCGUAG